AUGGCAGCACUGGUGUUUCAGAGCCGUGGACAAACACCUACUCCAAUCUUCAGCAGUCGCCUUGGUUUUGACCAGAGCUGGUUGCAGCGAGAAGCCAGGCUUACAGCGGCCGCUCUUGGAGAAAUUAGGUUUGACUUUGGAGGCGAUGACAUUGCUGCAUCAAUUCGAGGCAGUUUGGAAAGGAGUUAG